UCUACGGCCAAUGGGACGGCGUUAUUGGACACCAGCUUGACUGAACAUUCAGUCGACAAUGAGAUUAAGAUGCACGUCGCACCUGUUGAGGUCCAAUACCGCCCCAAUUCGGUCAACAAUAACAAUCUUCCGGGAACGGGCAAUGCGAACAUCAACGGCCAGUCAGGGCGACACCACAAGAACCGUUCAAGAACGCAUCGGGCCAGUAGGCUCACGGUUUUGCGUGAGUAUUCAUACGACGUUCCCACCAGCGUGGAGGGCAGCGUGCAAAGCGUCCAGCACAAGCGCCACCAUCAUCACGAGAGCCUGCAGGCCCGUAACAGUCGACGGGCGGCGUAUUUGGCUUACCGGGAGCGCCAGCAGAGCCAACUUCAGCAGGACAGCAGCGACGCC